CACAGCCUCUGCACAGACGGGCCUCCAUCCCUGACCCCUGACCCCAGACCCUGCAACUAUGGGCAAUGGCAUGAGCCAGGUCCUGCCCGGCCUCUUCCUCGGGAGCUUUGCAGAUGCCAAAGACGCGGCCCAGCUGAGCAAGAAUAAAAUCACCCACAUCAUCUCCAUCCACGAUACCCCCCAAACGCUGCUCCAGGGCAUCACCUACCUCCGGAUCCCUCUGCCCGACGCCCCUGAGGUGCCCAUCAAGCAGCAUUUUCAGGAAUGCGUCGACUUUAUCCAUGGCUGCCGCCUCGCCGGGGGCAACUGUCUGGUGCAUUGCAUGGCGGGGGUGUCACGGAGCGCGACCGUGGUGACGGCCUACAUCAUGGCGGUGUCGGGGCUGGGCUGGGAGGAGGCCCUGGAGGCCGUCAGAGGGGUCCGGCCCAGCGCGGACCCCAACCCCGGCUUCAGGGAACAGCUGAGGAGCUUCGGCCGGGCAUCCGCCCGCAAGAUGGGCCAGCAGCUCCAGCAGCGGUAUGGGCCGAGCACCUUUGACGACGAGGGGGAGAGCCUCCGCCGGGAAGCCCUCCGGAAGUCGGGGGGCGAGGGCGACCCACCCGCCGUGGAGGCGAGCCCGGGGGGGCCCAGCACCCCCAGGCCUGGACCCCCCUUCCUCCUGCGUCUCAUGGAGACCUGCUUCUUCAUCCCCAGAUCGUGUUGCCGCAGUCGCCGUGAGCCUUAAGCCUCCUGCCCGCCCGCCCGCCCCGGGCCCCGGCCCUCCCAACUCACCGGACAUCAGCUCCUGAGGCCCGGACACACCGGACACAAAGAGACACCGCAACGGGACACAGAAACGGGACACCGGAACGGACCGUCUUAACGGGCCACCUUAACGAGCCGCCUUAACGGGCCACCUUAACGAGCCACUUUAACAGACCGCCUUAACGGGCCACCUUACCAGACCGCCUUAACGAGACUAACGGGCCACCUUAAAGGGCCUACCUAACAGACCACCUU